CAGCCUGUGCCAAGCCAAACACCAGCUGUCCUCCCUCCUUUGGACUUGCGGGGAUGAUCCCGGAACGGACCCAGGAGGUUUCUCAGUGAGCUGGGAGCACACGACACCACCACAAAGCCGACACCAUGUGGCAACUAAAAUGGCAGCCACCGUGUGUGCUUCUGACCCAGGCA